ACCUAUCUAUCUUCCACAAGCAUCAGAGGUCUCUCCAUCAGUUUCCGCGAUACUGAGCGCAACUACAGCGCAAAACAUGGCAUCUCUGCGCUCCGAAGAACCUGUCUCCGCCACUGCACACCUCUGCGUCUUUCUGUUAAUCGCCUCGGCCUGGAUGGCACUACCGGGACCUGUGCGCUGUGACAGCGGAGCUUUAAACCGGCGCGACGGGGAGUACCGUACGUUUGACAUGGGCGGCGGAGACGUAGGCUCCCCGCCGGGCUUACUGGCGGACGGUGACGAGGAAGCCGUCGGCGCAGAGAGCUCACUCCGCUUCAGGAGAGCACUGUCCCGGGAAAAACAAAUGUCCCUGCUCAGCAGCUCGUUUGUACUUAAAGGGGAUGCGACCCACAACCAGGCAAUGGUCCACUGGACAGGAGAAAACAGCAGCGUCAUCCUGAUCCUGACCAAGUACUACCAUGCUGACUCCACCAAGGUGCUGGAGAGCUCACUGUGGAGGUCUACUGACUAUGGCACCACCUACACCAAACUUAACCUGAUGCCAGGGAUAACAAUCGUGGUGACCAGUUUCUACAUCUGCCCAACCAACAAAAAAAAGGUAGUGCUGGUAGGUUCAUCCAUAAAUGAAAGGGAUCAGAUGAUUUUUAUCAGCACAGAUGAAGGUUCUUCCUUCCAGCGACAGUCCAUCUCCUUUACCCCGGACACGCUCAUCUUCCACCCUAAAGAAGAAGACAAGCUCCUGGCCUACUGCAAGGAGGGCAGGCUCUUUGCUUCCACAGACCUGGGUCGCAAGUGGAUUUUACUUCAGGUGCGGGUGACAAAGGACAAAGUCUUCUGGUCAGUAUCUGGUGUGGAUGUGGACCCUGAUCUAGUGCAUAUGGAAAUGCAAGACACAAGUGGAGGUUACCUAUAUGUUACCUGUCUCAUCCAGAACUGUUCGGACAAAAUGGUGACGGCUCAGUUUCUUGGCAAAAUUGACCACAACUCUCUGUUGGUGCAGGACGACUACAUAUUUGUCAAGGUCACCACAGGGAAUAGCACCAAGCACUAUGUGUCAUAUCGGCGCAACGAGUUCGUCCAGAUGAGGUUUCCCAAGUACGCCUUGCCAAAGGAUGUUCAGAUAGUAAGUACUGACGAGAACCAGGUAUUCCUCGCCCUCCAGGAGUGGUACCAGUCAGACACAUAUAACCUGUACCAGUCUGACCCCCAGGGUGUCUACUACUCCAUCGUCCUAGAAAAUGUUCGGAGCACCAAGCAGCCAGAGGAGAAUGUCCUCGUCGACAUACUUGAGGUGCGUGGGAUCAAAGGAGUCUUCCUGGCCAAUAAAAAGAUUGAUGGAAAAGUGACAACUCUCAUCACCUAUAACAAAGGACAAAGUUGGGAACCCUUGGCCCCACCUACCACUGACAUGAAUGGCAAGCCAGUCAGCUGCAAAGAACCAGACUGUCACCUCCAUCUCCACCUACGCUGGGCAGACAACCCUUAUGUGUCUGGGACUGUCCACACCAAAGACUCUGCUCCAGGUCUCAUCAUGGGUGCUGGUAACCUUGGCUCCAAGCUAGUAGAGUAUAAGGAAGAGAUGUACAUCACUUCAGACUGCGCGAAGACGUGGAGACAGGUUUUCGAGGAGGAGCAUCACAUCCUGUACCUGGACCACGGUGGAGUCAUUGUUGCCAUCAAGGACACUUCUAUUCCCCUCAAGAUACUAAAAUUUAGUAUUGAUGAAGGACGGACGUGGACUGUUCACAACUUCACCAGCACCUCUGUGUUCGUCGAUGGACUCCUGAGUGAGCCAGGAGAUGAAACACUGGUUAUGACUGUGUUUGGCCACAUCAGCUACAGGUCAGACUGGGAGUUGGUUAAAGUGGACUUUAGGCAGUCUUUCCCCCAUCAGUGUACUGAGUCAGACUACGAGUCCUGGCAGCUCACAGACAUGCAGGGAGAGAAGUGCAUAAUGGGCCAGGAGCGAAGUUUCAGGAAAAGGAAGGACACAGCGUUCUGUAUCAAAGGAAAAAGCUACACAUCAGCUCUCGCCACCAAACCCUGUCAUUGCAGCGAGAAAGACUUCAACUGUGACUACGGUUUUGAGCGGUCCAACAAGGAAGGCAAUAACUGCUUCGCUGACUUCUGGCACAAUCCAGAAUCACCACCCGAAGACUGCCAUUUAGGACAAACCUACGAGUCCAGCACUGGCUACAGGAAGGUGAUAUCUAACCUUUGUGAAGGGGGACUAAACAAGCAGCAGAGUGUCAAACAGCACAACUGCCCUCUGCUUCCCCCUAAAGGACUGCAGGUUGGCAUCAAAGGGCAGAUGUUGGCUGUGGCACCUGGUGAUGACAUCACAUUCAUUGUCCACCAGGAACAGGGGGACACCAGCAGCACCAAGUACCAGGUGGACCUCGGUGACGGGGUUCGGGCCAUCUACCAGAACCUGACGGUGACAGAUGAGCCCAUCCAACAUCGAUACGAAAAUCCAGGCGUUUACAAGGUCACAGUGAAGGCCAAAAACAUGGCAGGGCACGACGAGACCACCAUGUACAUCCAGGUCACAGCCCCUCUACAGAAAGUGCACCUGGAAGUGGUUCCCAUCACUGGGAGAAACCAUGAGGUAAAUCUUACAGCCAUAGUUCUUCCCACUGAGGCCAACCUGUCUGUCUUCUACUGGUGGAUCGGAGACAACCUGCGGCCUACGCUGACUCUACAGAACAGCCUUCUGACUCGUUUCCCAGAGACAGGAGAGUUUUCAGUCACCGUCCAAGCUUCUAAUGGCCGCUCAAUGGUGCAGGAUACUAGAACAGUUCAAGUCUACGAUAACUUUGAGGUCAUCCCUCUGAGUUUCAGCACAAACCUAGACCGCUUCAACCCUAACAUCCCAGAGUGGAGAGAGGACAUUGGCCAGGUGGUUACCAAAAUACUCGCAAAGACCACAGGUGUCCCUCUAGAUUCCCUGGUUUCGGUGGUGAAGCCAGGCCUCCCCACCACUGCUGACUUGUACGUUCUUCCACUGGACAGCAAACCAGCCAAGGGGAGCACGUUUAUAGAUAAGCGUAUUCCAGCCAUCAUGCAAGCCUUCAACAGCAACAAUGUCAGCUUUGUGGUGCGAGGAGGUCUACAAGUGCUGGUAAUGCUUGCUGACCCAAACGCAGGGCUAGGUCUAAUUGCUAAUGACUCAACAGCUACAGCAGCAGAGACUGGGUACCAUGGAGCUGCAGGAGGUCCGGGCGUUUGGGCUCUAGCAGUCAUUUUCCUAAUCGGCAUGAUCGCCACCGGCUCCUUCAUCCUCUACAAGUUCAAAAGAAAACUCCCGGGCAGCCGAAAUGUCUACGCUCAGAUGCACAACGAGAAGGAGCAGGAGAUGACCAGCCCCGUCAGUCACAGCGAGGACACCCAGCACAUCAUCCAGGGGGAAGAGUUCAUCGAUGAUGACCUGGACUCACAGACUCUAGGUAACGCAGGAGGUAGCCCCACCUUCCGUUCCCUUAUAAGGACUACCACUAACCACUGCUACUAAAAUCCAAGCCACUAACACCAGCAGCUAACACACUCCAAGGUAACCAUUCGGGUGUGGUCCUGAGCAUCAACUCCAGAGAACUACACAGUUACCUGACCAGCUGAUGGCUGCCGUGGCAAUGCUAACAAGCUAGCCUAGCCUAGCUGGCUAACAAACACAGGGACUCCACUCAGCCUUCCUCAUUCUCUCUUCUCUCAUUUUCCUUUGCCUCUUCUUCGGACACUUCACCUCCACACCAUGGCCUCCUCAACCCUUCACUUCCAGUUUUUGUGUGAUUUUGUUGUUUUUUUUUGUUUUUUUGGGGGUGGAGGCCUCAAUGGUUUAACAGCAAGGAAACUCGCUCAUUUGUGUUUUGAAUAAAUCUGUGUGUGCGUUGUCUCUCACUUGUAGACACUCAAAAUCAGCAAGCAUGACUCACUGCACUGGUUUCCAGUCAGAGAAGGUUUAACCAUCCAUUACCAAGAGGCCAUAGCCACGGAAGAUAGUUAGUGGCCAAAGACGGAUUUCCUAAAACUAUUUCCAAUCAUUAAGAUAUAGAAGUCUAUUGUAAAAAAUAAAUUAUCUCUUUGUAUUCCCUCUUUGCUUACCACAAACAGUAGACACUCUCUCUUGACAGGCAAUAAUGGUCUCCCAACGGAAUGUAUGAUAAACCCUUGUGAAUUUGGAUAUGACAAGUGUAUGUUUGCAAACACAAGAGGGCAGUGUUGCACUUUCUUAAAUUCCCAUUCAGGGGAGUAUGUUAUGUUUUCUAAAUCCCAAUGCAUCCAUAUCCUUGUAUUCUUGUUUAUAACUCACACAUUUACAGAUGUUGUUGUGUGGUGUUUAAAAUCAACGCCACCUUUGUAGGAGCUCAACGUCUGUCCCAUGGUGCCUAAAAUAACAGAUAUGUAUCUGCUCAGUGACAUUACCCUUUGUCAAGUAUAUUUAUUUCUAAUAAGAGUAUGCCCCUUCCUCCUCCUCCUCCUCCUCCUCCCCACACUUUCUGGGUAUGAGGUCAGAGUGGACUUGGUCCCCUGGAGACAAAUGCCACCUUGGAGGGACGGUGUAGUUCAUGUAUUUUACUGUAUCAGCCUAUAUUAGGCAUAGCCCGUGGUGGAAUCAAGUCUCCUUAAAGGUUUGGUUUGUUGUAUGUAAAUGUGUAAAUAUGAACAAUCUCCACUUUGUACAUAUUCCCUUCAACAUGCGUGAGAGUGUUUUACACUACUACCAACAUUCACAACAAUUUGUUAUGCAGUGAAUCCUCACUGAGUUUCCUGAAUUUGAAAAAUUCUCACUGUAUCCAAUUUCCUCAAUGCCAUUGCCUGCUUCACAUGUAUCAAUUUUCAAUUGUUUCAGCAUAAUCUCAUGAGAAAGAUAAUUUCCUUGUCUUAUAAAGAUACUCACACCUACACAGUGACAACUAUGUAUAUGGAUAUUUUUGAUACACUAAGUUUUUCUCAAUAUGUGUAAACACUGGUUAAUGUUUCUUUUGCCUUUUGCUGAAGUUUUUUGUUUGUUUGAUUGCACUAAUGAUGUAAGCAGUGCUGUCGACAUCUACCGUACACCAAACGAACAAGUCUACAGACUCUAUUCAAAAGGUCUUUAGAUGAAAAGCCUACAGACUACCAAUGCUACCAUAACCACCAAGACCACCCCUUGGUUCGCCUUGUAUUUGAUACAAACAGCAGAUAACAUUCACUCAUUCUCAUUUACACCUUAAUUCAUCUUUUGUAUAUAUUCUGGUCAUGUUCAAACUUUUCUUAGUUUUGUCGUCAUGUAUCAGUGCCCCUAACCCUAACAAAGGGGUAAAUAGGAAUUAUGAUAUUCCAGUAUAAUAGUGAAAGAGUUUCACACCUGAUGGCACAACCAUGUAAUUUUGACCACACCGAUUCUUCUUCUUUUUGCUGGGUUUAUUUUAUCUUUCGAUUUUGCUAUUAAAACAAUUGUGUGUCCUAAUCAGGAAGCAUAAUGCACUCUACCUGCAUCUUGGAAUAAAUCACUCCCAUAACUUGUA